CUUCCUUUGGGAGUUCGAGCCCAGUUGGCUCUUUAUCAUCUGAGGAUCAUGACUUUGACCCAUCCGCUGAAAUGCUGGUACAUGACUAUGAUGAUGAGCGAACUCUCGAAGAAGAGGAAAUGAUGGAAGAAAGCAAAAAUUUCAGCUCUGAGAUUGAAGAUUUAGAAAAGGAAGGAAACAUGCCAUUGGAAGAUUUACUGGCAUUCUAUGGCUAUGAACCCACGAUUCCAGUUAUGGCAGGUUCCAGUGCAGAUAGCUCUCCAAGUGAACUUGCGGAUGAACUUCCAGAUAUGACUCUAGAUAAAGAGGAAAUCGCUAAAGACCUCUUGUCAGGUGAUGAUGAAGAAACACAGUCCUCUGCUGAUGACUUGACACCAUCAGUUACUUCACAUGAGGCUACUGACUUCUUUCCUCGGCCAUUAAGAUCAAACACUACAUGUGAUGGAGAUAAGGAAUCAGAUGGUGAAGAUGUAGAGGCCGACAAUGGUAAUGCAUCUGAAGAUUUGAGAAAGGAAAUAAUGGUUGGUUCACAGUACCAGGCUGAAAUUCCACCUUACCUUGGCAGAUACAGCGAUGAUGAAAAGCCCUAUGAAAAUGAAGACCAUUUACUUUGGAAACCUGAUGUGAUCUCAGAAAGUAAAGUUAAAGAAUACCUUUUUGAAACCUCCUUAAGAACAGGAAAUGAAAAAAUGAUUGGCAGAAUUCCUGAAGGACUGCAUACACGGGACAAUGAACAAGCGCUGUAUGAACUUCUCAAGAGUAGCCAUAAUGUUAAAGAAGCAAUUGAGAGAUACUGCUCAAAUGGAAAGGCAUCUCAGGAAGAGAUGACGGCAUGGACAGAAGAAGAAUGCAGAAGCUUUGAACAUGCACUUCUCAUUUAUGGGAAAGACUUUCAUCUCAUACAGAAAAACAAGGUAAGAACCAGAACAGUUGCUGAGUGUGUAGCUUUCUAUUACAUGUGGAAAAAGUCAGAACGUUAUGAUUACUUUGCUCAGCAAACAAGAUUUGGAAAGAAGAGAUAAAAACAUCAUACAGGACCACCAGUUGACAGAAAUCAAUUGCUGCUGCCAGUUCCAGACCAGGCCUUGCUCUCCCCUACGUACGAGCUGUCCCUGAAGCAGGCUGUCAGGCUUCAGUAUUUCAGCAAGGAGAAGCUAGUCCCAGGUACCCUGUCAGUGACAGGCAGCCUGCACUUCAGCACUGCAAUCCCCCGCCGCCGUGCAAUGUUCGCAUCCGGGAGGCGGGAAGCGCAGUAA